AUGGUUCUUGCUGAUCCUGAUGCUGUUCUCACCAAUGAACAGCGUAUGGAAGAGGUUUUCAAGAAAUCCGAAGUGCAUAACAUGGGGCUUGCAGAAAGAGAGUUCCGUUCCUUCUCAGCAAAUCCAGAAUUGUUUCCUGCGUACAACCUUUUUGUUGGUGAAUUUGACAACCCAAUUGCGGAAGCUGAUGCUUCGAUCGCGGCAGCUCAAGCAGCCAUUCAGGUCUGUCAAGAACAGAAGAAGAUCAGGGUGAUGAUUGAAGAGAUAGAUGCUGUGAAGAAAAAUAUUGAAAAGGUUCUUGAGGGCUACGCAAAAUCGGUGGAGCACAUUGGGGGGAUCUACAAACAGCAAGCUAGCCAUGAUGCGGUGUGUCAAAAAAUGUGGGAGGAAAGAGAUGAGAGCGUUUUCGAUCUUUCUCCGCAGAAGCGAAAGUAA